AAAAAAUGUUAGAAUUGAGAGAGCAGGCGACGAGGGAGGUGGGAUCUGACGGUGAUACUGGAUCGCAGCAGGUUUGUUUGAUGACAGAUGAUACGAUUUUGGAUACCGUCCUCGGGCGGCAGCUAGGAUCUGGUCAUAGCAUGCGGUCCAAAAAAUCAUGCAGUUCGUCAUCCGGCCGGUCUGAUGAUGCAUCGGUGCCAGAGGCAGUUAGGACAUCCAUGAGUAUGAUGCAAGAUCAGAUUUGUUACUGGAUGAAUCGUAGUCAGACGCUCGAGAGGAUCGUAGCUACGAUGGCGGGACGGCUCGGUAUUGAUGCUUCUGAGUUAGCACCUCUACAGUCACAUGAUGCCGCCUCUACACCACCAUCGCGACACAUAUCGGGUCAGGGAUUGAUGCCUGGAGAAGGGAAUGAGGCCAAUGAGUCAGAUCAUACCUAGUUUGUAGUUAUUUUAAAUUUAAAAUGGUGUAUGGACUUAUAUUUUUAUAUAUGACAAAGAUGGUUAUGAAACUUUUUGAUACUUGAAAUUGGUCUUUUGACUUAGAAUA